AUGAUGCGCCCCAACGACCCUCGCAUCCGCCAGAGGAUCAACCAGAUCUCCCAGAAUCUCGAGUCUGCAAACGAAACCGCCCAGGAAGGCUUCUAUACUUUUUCGCACGAGUACUUGGCACCCUGUCUUGCGUCGAUCGCCAACUGCGUCCGCUCGUGCACGGCGCCCUGCUUCCCCAGCCGGGAGGAGCAGCGUCGACGUCGCAGACGGAGCCGUGCCGAAUUCAAUUUCGACUUUUACGAUGACUGGGACAAUGACAACGCCGGCGAUGGCUUGUUUGGAUGGGGCAGCGAUGAAUUGGAUCGGUUACUGGCAGGCAGCGGUAGUGCACGCCGCGGCGCCGAGCAGCCGCGCCGGCAACGGAAGAUGAGCUAUGGCGCCGCUCGAGCAGGGAAAAGAAGAAGCACCCUGCCUCACGAUCAGAGGGACGACCCCACGGUGAUCCCCAAGUCGUCGCUGAUCGGGUUUUUGGAGCGAUUUCCAUGGAGGAUUGGACCGCGAGGGAUCAAAUACCGGCCUUCGGCAGCCGACUUACAAGAGCGGCCGGGAAGGUUGAGGGAUGACGAUGGUUACGAAAAUCAGCCUUUGAUGGAAGCGACUGACGAGAGCGAUGGAGGCGCUGAGUAUGGAGAAGGUUCAGGGGGGAAGAAGAACGGACGAGAUCGCAGUGGAACACAGUCGUCUCGGGAGACAUCCAAUUCCCUGAGUUCGCGGGGAGACUUGAUCCCCAGUGACGAGGAAGAAGAUGCGGUGCCGUUGGAUGAUGAAUUUGCCAUGGCCCUCGCACGCCGUGGCACUGGCUUCACGUCUGACGACGGAAGGCUGAGCGGCACCACAUCUCGCGAUUCGAGGAGUGGUCGAGGGAAGGACCGAAGAUCACCACGAACGUCGGAUAUCGAAGUUAUACAUGACGCCGGGACGCCGUCGAUGGACGAACUAGCCAAGGAGGAGGAGGCGGCAAGACUGGAAGAAGAGUCGGAGAUCGCCAGGAAGCGACAGGCGGCUCACCAGCUGGCUGUGAGUCAGGGACUGGCACGGGACGAUCAGUCUCAGAACGGCACGUGCACGUCCGAUCAAGCACGCCCUUCAUCAGCCGGAGACGUGUCAAGCGAUGGACGACCAACAGAGCCCUUUCCUCCUCUCCCAUUGACGCCGACUUCGGUAAGAUCCACUCCCGAUGAGUAUGCGACGCCUCCGUCGCAGGUCGACACGGCCAGGUCAGACUCAGAGCGCGCGGACGAGGGAUGA